AGGAGCGGCCGGGAGCCGCGCAGGGGGCGGAGAGAGCGAGCGGCGGGCGGCGCGGGGCGGCGCGGGGCGGCGCGGGGCGGAGGGCGCCGGAGGGCGAGCGGGCGGGCGGGCGGGCACGGCGGGUUCCGGGCCAGCCCCGGGCGGACGGUUGGCGGGCGCGCGGAGCCGAGCCGGGGCCGAGCCGGAGCCGGGCCGGGCAGCAGGGGCCGCCGCCACCGGGCCCGCCGCCCGCGCCCCCCACGCUGGCCCAGAGGGCUGCGGCCGCGUCGCCGCUGAGGAUGUCCCGGAAGGGGCCGCGAGCGGAGGUGUGUGCGGACUGCAGCGCCCCGGACCCUGGCUGGGCCUCCAUCAGCAGGGGUGUGCUGGUGUGUGACGAGUGCUGCAGUGUGCACCGGAGUCUGGGACGCCACAUCUCCAUCGUCAAGCACCUUCGCCAUAGCGCCUGGCCUCCCACGCUGCUGCAGAUGGUGCACACGCUCGCCAGCAACGGGGCCAACUCCAUCUGGGAGCAUUCCCUGCUGGACCCCGCACAAGUGCAGAGUGGCCGGCGCAAAGCCAACCCCCAAGACAAAGUCCACCCCAUCAAGUCAGAGUUCAUCAGGGCCAAGUACCAGAUGUUGGCGUUUGUGCACAAGCUUCCCUGCCGGGACGAUGAUGGAGUCACUGCCAAAGACCUCAGCAAGCAACUGCACUCAAGCGUGCGGACAGGCAAUUUGGAGACAUGUCUGCGCCUGCUGUCCCUGGGUGCCCAGGCCAACUUCUUCCACCCAGAGAAGGGCACCACACCUCUGCACGUGGCUGCCAAGGCGGGGCAGACGCUCCAGGCUGAGCUUCUUGUAGUGUAUGGGGCUGACCCUGGCUCUCCUGACGUUAAUGGCCGCACACCCAUUGACUAUGCCAGGCAGGCGGGGCACCAUGAACUGGCUGAAAGGCUAGUCGAGUGCCAGUAUGAGCUCACUGACCGGUUGGCCUUCUAUCUCUGUGGACGCAAGCCAGAUCACAAGAAUGGGCAUUACAUCAUCCCACAGAUGGCUGACAGCCUCGACCUGUCCGAGUUGGCCAAAGCUGCCAAGAAGAAGCUGCAGGCACUCAGUAACCGGCUUUUUGAAGAACUUGCCAUGGAUGUAUAUGAUGAGGUGGAUCGAAGAGAAAAUGAUGCUGUAUGGCUGGCUACCCAAAACCACAGCACUCUGGUGACUGAACGAAGCGCUGUGCCCUUUUUGCCUGUUAACCCCGAAUACUCAGCCACACGGAAUCAGGGACGACAAAAAUUGGCCCGUUUCAAUGCCCGAGAGUUUGCCACCUUGAUCAUCGACAUCCUCAGUGAGGCCAAGCGGAGACAGCAGGGCAAGAGCCUGAGCAGCCCCACAGACAAUCUCGAGCUGUCUGCGCGGAGCCAGAGUGACCCUGACGACCAGCACGACUACGACAGCGUGGCCUCGGACGAGGACACCGACCAGGAGCCCCUGCGGAGCACCAGCGCGGCUCGGAACAACCGUGCCCGGAGCAUGGACUCCUCAGACCUGUCCGACGGGGCUGUGACGCUGCAGGAGUACCUAGAGCUGAAGAAGGCUCUGGCCACCUCCGAGGCCAAGGUGCAGCAGCUCAUGAAGGUCAACAGUAGCUUGAGUGAUGAGCUCCGGAGGCUGCAAAGGGAGAUCCACAAGCUACAGGCAGAGAACUUGCAGAUCCGGCAGCCACCAGGGCCAGUGCCCACACCUCCACUUCCCAGUGAACGGGCAGAACACACGUCCAUGGGACCUGGCGGGAGUUCCCACCGCAGGGACCGCCAGGCUUUCUCCAUGUAUGAGCCAGGCUCUGCCCUGAAGCCCUUUGGGGGGCCACCUGGGGACGAGCUCACCACCCGACUACAACCUUUCCACAGCACCGAGCUGGAGGAUGAUGCCAUCUAUUCAGUGCACGUUCCUGCUGGCCUUUACCGGAUCCGGAAGGGGGUGUCGGCCUCAGCUGUGCCCUUCACUCCCUCCUCCCCAUUGCUCUCCUGCUCCCAAGAAGGAAGCCGCCACACGAGCAAGCUUUCCCGCCAUGGCAGUGGUGCUGACAGUGACUAUGAGAACACGCAAAGUGGGGACCCGCUGCUUGGACUGGAAGGGAAGAGGUUUCUAGAGCUGGGCAAGGAGGAAGACUUCCACCCAGAGUUGGAAAGCCUUGAUGGAGACCUCGAUCCUGGGCUUCCCAGCACAGAGGAUGUCAUCCUGAAGACAGAACAGGUCACCAAGAACAUUCAGGAAUUGUUGAGGGCUGCCCAGGAAUUCAAGCACGACAGCUUUGUUCCCUGCUCAGAGAAGAUCCAUUUGGCUGUGACUGAGAUGGCCUCUCUCUUCCCAAAGAGGCCUGCCUUGGAGCCCGUGCGCAGCUCACUGCGGCUCCUCAACGCCAGCGCCUACCGGCUGCAGAGUGAGUGCCGGAAGACAGUGCCCCCAGAACCUGGCGCCCCUGUGGACUUCCAGCUGCUGACUCAGCAGGUGAUCCAGUGCGCCUAUGACAUCGCCAAGGCCGCCAAGCAGCUGGUGACUAUCACCACCCGAGAGAAGAAGCAAUGACCACUCUCCCUGUGCCCUCACCCCCACCCUGAGACCUCACUGGCCAUGGGAGCUGGGCCACUCCAGACACUAAUCCCCACCCCAACAGAGCCACUGGUGCAAGUGCCCUUAGUGUUGCCACUUACCCUGGCAGCCAGGCGCCCUGGUGUUGCCCCCCUCCCCCAAGGAUGGGGAAGUGGAGUGGCAGGAGCUUCUGUCCCCCACAUUCCAUGCACUUCCUUCCUGUACAUAGCAUCUCCCUCCCCCGUUCUAGCAAGCAGGGGCCUGAAAGGCAUCACUCCCAGCCCCUUGCCCUCCAGGCCACCCUCAGCAAGGGGUCAAGUGGGGACACUCCAAGAGGGGCAAUUCCCCCUACAUGCACCCCACCCCCCCAUGAGCCAGUUCAGCCCUAUUGGGGGCUGAGCAGGGGCAUCCCCAUUUGUACAUAAUCUCUGGAUGUCCCUGCCCUGUAGCCACCAGCCCCCUGCUGCUCUCCUUUAAUGCCAAACGGCCCCUGCCUAGGGCACAGACUCCAACCUGUGUUCCCGGGGUCCCCAGCAGCAAACACUGGAAAAUCUUUUUUUUUUUCCCUCUCUCUCUCUUCCACCCCUUAAUUUUAACAUUGUGGUAACUGAGUGUGCCUGCGUGUGAAUGUGCGGGACGGCAGUGCCGUUCCUGAGGACUGGCCCAUCUGGAGCUUUGUGAGGGGUGAGGGGACCAGAGCAGUGGGACCAGCAUUGGGGGGCAGCCCCCCUCUUCCCCACCCUGGGGCCAGGGACCAUCGGGGCAAUCAAGGGUUUGCCCGGUGCCUCCCCUCAUCACUCCCCUUAGGUCCCCCCACUCAUACCCCUUAUCUAUGAACUUAAAAAGGAAAACCACUUCCCUCCAUCUCGUCUCCCUCCCUGUGGAGGGGGAAAGUGUGCUGGCUGGGGUAGAGAACUGAGCCCCUGAGCCUGGGGCUGGCUCCCCGGGGUCCCUGACUCAGCUAAGAGCCCCUUCCCCAAAACCUCUGAGAUGCCAGCACCUGUGUCUGUGGUGUCUGGGUACCCGGAACCUGGGCUGCAGCCUGAGAAGGUUGGAGAGGCAGAUGGCAGCGCCCACCAGCUCUUCUGUCCAGCCUUGGUCCUAAGGGGCCAGGUUCUACCUGUGUGGUGGUGGGUGGGCUGUCAAAAUGUGUGUCAUGUACAUUUGUAUCAAAAAUAAAUAAGUGACCAUG